UCAUAAUCCGGUAUAUUCUGGAUUUAAUACUCGAGUUGCAUAUAAUAACCGUUCAUACCGAGUGACUUUUGCGAAAAACAACGAAACAAGACAUAAAAAAUAUAUACACGGCUACAACUGGUCACUGAGCCCAGAUGAUUAACAAGUGAAAAAAUAAUCAAGCUCGAACAAUAUUAAUAAUAGUAAAAAUAAUAGCAAUAAUCAAAUUAAUUAUCAACAAAAUGGCACAAGCAACUCAACCCAUCGACUAUUCACGCUGCCCGCCUAAGAAACGGCCGCUGCCCCAGCAGGAUGAGGAGAACGAGGAGCCUCAAGACCUGACGAUGAAGCGAAAUUCUUCUGAAGAGCAGAUCCAUGAUCCCCUGGUGACCGACUCGCCCCACGCGACUCCCAAAUCCCACUCAACCCACGCGACUCCCAAAACUCACGGGGCCCACCAACCCAUCGCUGACGUCGACAGGACGCCCAUGAAUCGAAUCAAAACAGAACGUCCCGACCCGACGGACUUAAAGUCCGUGACGGACAUUAUCCGUGCCCAGGGGCAUGCCCAACGUCAGCCUUUAUCAGCACUCCACUCAAACGCUCCAAAAAUUCAAAUCAAGUCAGAAUUUACUUCGUAUUCACAAGAAAAUAAAUUCCAAAGCGAAAACUCAUACCCAGGAAGUACUUUUGCAUCGAUAAUAAAACAAACAUCUACAUCAACCAUGGAGAAUUCCACUUCUAAAACCACAAAUUUCAAAGAUUCUGGUAGCCCAGCAAUUCAUUCCAUCAGGCAUCAUCUGCUGGCAAGAGCGGUGCCCGGGCACCCGAGUUCUGUUCAGAGCAGAACCGUCCGACCGUUAGUCUCCUCCAUGCCACACAAAGGAAUCAUGAGGGCUUCACAGCACUCAGUGCUUCGACCAAAGGCUGUGCUGGCAACAUCUGGGCAUACCCAGCAACAUUCUAUUGCCUUACCACGGCACGACGAUGUGGCUGCUCUCGAUCUCAGCUAUAAAGCAGGAAACAUCUCGAGGCGAGAAAAUGAACAUCAGUUGCAUCAUGAAAAAUAUGAUUCAGUUCACUCAAACUUAGGCGCAUCGCCAGAUUUGUCCAAAAAAGUAUACGCUAAGCUGUCUGUUCCUUAUAAGUUUCCAGUUCCGAAAAAGGUAGUUCCUCUAUAUCCGCGCAAAAUUGUAACCACAGCUGAUGGUAACAUUAAAAUCUACACCGACAAGCCCAAAACGAAUGAAGCCUUUAGCCACGAAUUUUCUACGCCUAUAACUUCACUGCCUACGUUUCCGGGGCAGCCUGGCCCUGCUUCCUCCUAUAAAGUUGAUCACCGACCUCAACAGCAGCAUUCUUCCCGUGCGUUUGAAACUGGUUUUAUAGCAAAAAAUAUCGGCGGAGGUUUAACCGAAGUUAAAUCGGAGUCAAGCUGCACGGACUGGAAGGAUGUUAGUACUAAACUGAGCAGCUCGCCCGCUUAUCAAGGCCUGCAGUUGAUCAGCGAAGUGGCAUCAAGGAUGAAGGCUUCGCAGAUAUUCACUCCUGCUUCUUCUUCAGCGUCCACUCCCGUCCAAAAAGAAAAGAAAGUUUUCUCACAAAAUUGCUACGCUCCACCGACUCCUCGGUCACCCCUGCGGACUUUCUUGAAGGAGAGCUGGCGCCCGGCCGUGUACCCGACCCACCACAGCAGAGCGGGGUCGUUGUCCCCACCAGGAAGCGAUGGGUCUUCCUCUUCGACUGACACGAGUCCUCCAUCAACGCGAUGCGCGUGCAAACAUUGUGGCCGACGCUACGCCACCAUAGCGGGACUCAACCGCCACCAACAGCAGUGCACUCCUGGCAAGUCCUACUCGUGCCCCACAUGUGGCAAGACCUACACUUCCUGUGGGGCUCUCAAGAUGCACAUCAGGACGCACACGCUGCCCUGCAAGUGCCACAUUUGUGGCAAGUCGUUCUCGCGGCCGUGGCUGCUGCAGGGCCACAUCCGCACCCACACCGGAGAGAAGCCGUUCCAGUGCAGCGAAUGUUGCCGCAGUUUUGCGGACCGCAGCAACUUGAGGGCACACCAGAUGUUCUU